AUUUUAUAUUCUUCCUUUUAAAAGCCAAAAACUUUCCAUGUCCAAUGCGCAAUAAUUCCCAGUAUCAACCACUUCAAUCCAAUUUCUUGCUUAUCUCCUCCAUGGAAACACCAAACACUCGAGCACCGACAUGGCCCGAGGUUCUCGGUAGCAACAACUGGGAAAACCUCCUUGACCCUCUUGACCUCACCGUCCGGCAACUCGUACUCCGCUGCGGCGACUUCUGUCAGGUCACCUAUGAUGCCUUCAACAACGACCAGAACUCCAAGUAUUGCGGUACCAGCCGCUAUGGCAAGAACAGCAUCUUUCAAAAGGUGAUGCUGGAAGACGCUGAAAACUAUCGAGUCUCUUCUUUCCUCUACGGGACGGCUCGCGUCAGCCUCCCUGAAGCCUUCCUUCUCCACUCUCUGUCCCGAGAUUCCUGGGACCGCGAAACUAACUGGAUCGGCUACAUCGCUGUUACCUCUGACGAGUAUACCAAAGUUCUUGGCCGACGUGAAAUCUACAUUGUGUUUCGUGGAACCACCAGAAACUAUGAAUGGAUUAACGUUUUUGGUGCGAAGCUCCAGUCUGCUAAGUCAUUGUUACGGGGGAGUAGCCACAGGGUUGAGGAGACUAAUAGUAGCAGCGACAGCGACAACGAUGAUAAUGAAAAAGUCCCUAAGGUGAUGCAAGGUUGGCUUACAAUUUAUAUUUCCGACGACCCAAAAUCGCCUUUCACGAAAUUAAGUGCCAGGACUCAGCUUUUGACCAAGAUUCAUCAGCUGAGAGAGCAAUAUCGAGAAGAUAAUCUAAGCAUAAUCUUAACAGGACAUAGCCUUGGUGCUAGUUUAGCAAUUUUAGCAGCUUUUGAUCUGGUUGAAAAUGGCAUUAACGAUAUCCCAGUAGCUGCUUUCGUCUUUGGCAGUCCACAAGUUGGAAACAAAUCCUUCAAUGCGAGGUUCAACAAGUAUCCAAAUCUUAAAGUUCUGCAUACAAAGAACAAGAUUGAUGUCAUUACACACUAUCCAGGAUUACUUCUGGGCUAUGCAUAUACAGGAACAGAGCUUGAAAUUGAUACUAGAAAAUCCCCGAACCUGAAGGACUCGAAGAAUCCUAGUGACUGGCAUAAUUUGCAGGCGAUGUUGCAUAUAGUGGCAGGGUGGAACGGUGAGAAGGGAGAGUUCAAGUUGAGAGUGAAGAGAAGCUUGGCUUUGGUGAACAAGUCAUGUGAGUUCUUGAAAGAUGAGUGCUUGGUGCCAGGAUCAUGGUGGGUAGAGAAGAACAAAGGGAUGGUCAGGGGAGAAGACGGAGAAUGGAUGAUAGCUUCGCCGAACGAUGAGGAUCAGCCUGUGCCUGAAUUUUGACUAUUGAAGAUAGCAUUUUGAGUGGUUGGCAUUGUCUUGCUGGUUUCGUUGCUUUUCUUCUCUUUUCGGUGUCACUGUGUGACGGCCUCUUUUUGGAGCUUUCCGUGUUCCGAUGUUGGUGCUUGAUUUGUAUUGUAGCCGUACUUGGUUUUAGUAAAAUCAUGCUUUCUUCUGUGAUCGCCGAAGAAAAA